AUGACGCCUCGAAAUUUGAUGUUUGUCAUCAGUACUAAACAGGCCUCCCCCAAAGGUGGCUCCUGCCGACUUCCUGAAGCUGUCAUGGGUCACCUGGAAGAUGAUGCUGCGACUACUGGCGCCGAAGACAGCAUGCCUACGCUGGGUGCAGAGGACGGCCUGGUAACCUCAGGCCCUACCGAGGGGCCGCAGGUGCCAACCAGGGCAAAGAGUUCAACCAAUGCUGGCCUAGAAGAUCUGCCCACGCCAGGCAGCUCAGUUGAUGAUCACAAAGAAAGCUCCACAACCCUACUCACGGCAACAUACCACCCUGUGGAUAAGAAGACUGGUCACCCCAACAGAGAGAAGGUGGCUGAAGAGACACAGACAACAGACAAGAAUGGUGGUCUGGCCACAGUGACCCUGGUCGGCAUCAUCGUUGGGGUCUUAUUAGCCAUUGGCUUUAUUGGAGGCAUCAUCAUAGUGGUUAUGCGGAAAGUUUCUGGAAGGUUCUCGCCAUGAAGGACGAGCCCAUCUGAACGGUUUCUGACUCCUUCCGCUCCCCACCCCCAGCUUGCGGGAGAAGAUGACCCAUGGGCUGCUGGCCAGCCCCCCUCCCAGCCUUUG